AUGAAGGAAGGCAACUGCGUGACUUCUGGGGUAUCUUCUGGUUUACAGGUAAGAUCUCUACAGGCUUGGCAGCAGACAGUGGAACAGCGUCUAAUUUCCUGGCAUACUGAUGUCCCUCCUAUAUCAAGCACUCUGGUGUCACCUAAGCCACCGUUAUUUCCACAAUGUCAGGACCCGUCUUCUGAUCAGAACUUGGAUUGGUUCAUCGCUGAGGAUGAAGUUCCUCAAGAGAAAUCUGUGCCAGAAUUUCCAGACUCUGGCUUUCACUCUUCCCUGACACAAGUUCACUGUUUGCAGGAUUCUUUGGACUUUGAGAAAAGUUUCAUAGAAAGCAGCGAAAGCUCCAUGUUGGGGAACUCCGCGGACACAGUGAAAUGCGCCAAAGAGGCCAUGCCUGAGGAGCACAGCGACUGUAGUAAGGAGAGCUCAAGCUAUGAGCAGGAUAACACCUUGCUGGAACAGUACUUAACCUCAGUCCAGCAACUAGAUGAUGCUGAUGAGAGGACAGAUCCAGACGAUGUGGCCGGAGACACUAAGUGUCAUGGAGCUUGUUCUCCAGAAAGGUUAGAUGCCUUGUCCGACAGCGAGACUCAAAGAGCAUCUCCUGCCUUACAGGAUGAAAUUAGCCAGACACCAGAGGACUGUAAGUUAAACGAAGGAGUCCAAGGGCCGCAGCCGGAACAUGACACUGCAUUUCAGGUGUUGCACGUGGGUGUCACCGUGUAGCCUCUGAUCGCAUGGGAAGCAGAAAGGCACUUCCGAGUCUAUUCAUAUUUUCAGUUGCUUCUUUCCUUUUGCAGGGAGCAACUCUUUCUCCCAUUUUGUUAUUGUUUAUAUUACAACUUGUAUUCUUGUCCCAUACUUUUCAGGUAUGAGAUACUGAGCUACGUCUUCAUUUCGAUUGUGCUAAUGUACUAAACAAUAUUGAUAUUAAAAGGCAUAUGCACUUUCUUUUUUAAUAAUUACAC